UGUGCUGCUGCAGGAGGAGAGAGAAAGAGGAGUCGGAGCAUCCCCCUGCGCUUGCACCAUGCCCCUCGCCCGCCCCACGCGCCAAAUCCCCGACGCCGCUUGGACCACGGGCAUCAGGGAGAUGACGGAGCCCUGGAAAGGUGCUCUCGGCUGUCUCGGCGUGGCCGUCUUCUUCGCCAUGACCAUCGGCAUCAUCUCCUGGCAGGCGCUGGAGCAGCCGCCGGAGGAGUGGGUGCUGCGGGGCCAGGCCAGCGGGAUGCUGUGGGAGCGCCGGCGCGGUGCCCUGCUCCUGCGGGCGCUGCCGACAGGGCGGACGGUGGCGGUGAUCGCGGUGGGUGGCGUGCCGGCCGCUGAGCCGCCUCCGCCACGGGAUCGCUGCUGGCACGAUGGAGGGCAGUUCUGCUACGCCUGGGAGGAGGACGCCGAGCUCCGGCUCUCCCUCGAGCCCUCGCCAGCCCCCGGCACCGAGUGCUACGGAGUGCACUGGACCCCACUGCGCCCCGACGUGACAGUGAAGGAUUGCUUCUCCAUGGCCAACAUCUCCUGGUACGGAGGGGGGAGCGUCCGCACCCAGCGCUGGCCGCUCAAUGGCGCCGAGAGCCACGCGCAGCCCUUCGUCAGCGGUGACUUCAGCAAAAACCCCGCUGGCUAUGGGCCCGUUUUGGAGAGAUACUUCUUAGGCUCAACAGGAGUGACGGUGACAGUGGCGCCUGAUGUGCCCCUCUUCCUCUCGCUGGAGAGCAGUAGGCACUUCUGCCUGGAGACGCCGGCGGGGCGAGCGGCGGAGCCCCUGCGCUACCUGCUCUGCCUCAGCCCCGACGUCGUGGCUGCCCACCAGCAUGUGGGCAGCCGGCUCGCAGGGCGGGCGCGGGCGCUGCCGGACACGGCUCUCCUGGGGUCUCCGAUUUGGCACUACCACGGCCCAGAGGGUUCGGCUGCCAAAAUAAAGCGAGGUUUGAGGGCACUGGCCAAGAGACUGAAGCGGCAUCACCUCGAGGAGGGGGUCCUGGCCCUGGGGGAGCACGGCACUGCUGUCCUGGCUGCUGCGGAUGACGUUCCUGCACAGCGGAGGAAGAGGCACGAGGUGGCCCACGCCUGGGACGCUGCCCCGCUGCAGCUCUCCAUCACACUGUCCCCGUACACCAGCAUCGCCUCCCCGCUCUUCCUGCGCUCGCUCCGGGACGGUGACACCGCGAGCCACUGGCUGAGCCUGCAGCCCCGCGCUGGCAGCUGUGCGGUCCCACUGCUGACCACGUGGAAGGGGCAGCUUUGCGCCCGCCUGAACGUCACCAGUGAGGCAGCGCUGAGCUGGUUCCUGGCACGUGCCCAGCACCUGCGGCAGGCUCUGGGGGCUGCGUACGUGGUCUUUGAGGGUGCUGAGGGCAAUGCCUUCCUGGAGCAAGCUGUCCCACCUCCCGCCGAGCUGGCGGGCGAUGGAUACACCGAGGCACUGGCAGCAGCACUGGCGACACUGGGAAAUGCCACCAUCAUCAGCGCUGGUGCCAGAUCCAGCCACCUCCCGCUCUUUGUCCAGAUGAGCCCGCUGCACUCGGACUGGAGCUAUUCCGGGCUGAAGGGACUCAUUCCCUCCGUGUUGCACUACAGCCUCCUGGGCUACAACUUCUUCAUCCCUGAUGCAGUAGGAGGGAGCCUGGCCAGCGAUGCCCCAGCGGACCCGGAGCUAUAUGUGCGGUGGCUGCAGAUCGUGACGUUUCUCCCUGUGAUGGCCUUCAGCACACCGCCCUGGCUUUGCUGCGACGCCUGGGUCCUGAACCUCACCCGGCAAUGCAUAAAGAAGCACCAGGAUUUCGUUGUGCCACUCCUCGUAAAAUACAGUGAGGAAUGGCUCAGUCUGGGGCACCCCAUCUUCCGCCCAGUGUGGUGGCUCAGUCCCACAGACGCAACUGCUUUUACCAUAGAGGAUGAAUUUCUCAUUGGAGAUGAGGUCCUGGUUGCUCCCAUAACAGAAAAAGGACAAACGCGGCGAGACAUCUACCUGCCUGGAGCAGGGCACCUGUGGAUGGACACCAGCACUGCCCGUGUGUUUGACGGAGGCACUGUCCUCGGGAAUUUCUCUGCCAGCCUCGCAGAGGUGCCAGUGUUUGUAAAAACCUCAUGAAUUCACAGACUGCCGCAGCCUUGGGACGGUUGACCUUCUCCAGAGCAGCGCUGGCCAAAUACGCCCGCUCU